UCUUGAGACCUGCUGGAUCCAGACACAGAGAUAUGGCUGUGUCCGUCCGAGGCCAGUCCUUAACGGCUGGCGCCUCCGAGGGCCUGUCCGAGGCCGACAAGACCUCAGGGGAGCCUGAGAACACCUAUAUUCUGAGGCCCAUUUUCCAGCAAAGGUUUAGACCCUCUGUGGUUAAAGACUGCAUCCAUACUGUGCUCAAGGAAGAACUGACAGGUGCUGAAUAUUCUCCAGAAGAAAUGCCUCAACUCACAAAACGUCUAUCAGAAAUGAUUAAAGAUAAGCUAAAAGAAUUGGGAUAUGACCGGUAUAAAAUGGUGGUGCAGGUGGUGAUUGGAGAACAGAGGGGUGAAGGAGUAUUCAUGGCUGCUCGCUGUUUCUGGGAUGCAGACACAGACAACUACACUCAUGAUGUUUUCAUGAAUGACAGCUUAUUCUGUGUUGUGGCAGCAUUUGGCUGUUUCUACUACUGAAUCUUUGGAAAGUGACUGUGACUUCGAGGAAACCUUAACUUUUUUUUUCUUUAUUCUUUUUUUCGGAGCUGGCGACGGAACCCAGGACCUUGCGCUUGCUAGGCAAGCGCUCUACCACUGAGCUAAAUCCCCAACCCCAAACCUUAACUUUUUUAUAUUGUUAGAUUUCCUGACCAAAUAAAAAAGCUGGCACUUUGGUACCUAAAAUCUGUUAAGUUUUAUAUGUUUAAAUGGUUUGAUUUUAUUUUCCUAUCUGUGUCCUUUCUACAUUUGGAAAAAGUAGAGAAAAGGGAGGGGAAAAUUCAUUUUCAUAUUUCAGGUGACUAGAUACUUGGGUAUAUUUUUUAUUUAUUGUUCCUUAUAAGAUGUAAAAAAAAAUCAUAUAUAAAAUAAAUUGUGUGUCUUCACCCCUU